AUCGAAAUGAGGUGGUAAACUCUGUAUGCUGAUACUUUAAACCAACGUCGUAACGUCUGAAUAAAAAGAAUCUUUUAUAUAGUUACAUUGGGGAGGAGAGAUUUUUGGCGCUGAACAGUCGAGUAAAUUUUUUAAAGCCACGUAUGUCUCAGUUUCGUAAUUACAUUCUAACAAUCGCUUCUCUAAGCUUUUGUUUAAAGAAACAUUAAAAGAUGAUAGUUUUAUUUGUAUCACUUUAUUUGGCUUUUGCCUAUGCUGAUGUCGAUUCACAAGCAAGAUUACUAGCAUCAAAAAAUGUAGAAAAUAAAUUUAUUGUAGAAAAUAAAGAUUUAGUUAUUAAAUAUAGCAUAUUUAACAUUGGAUCUAGCCCUGCAAACCAGGUUGUUUUAAAUGACAAAUCAUUUUCAAUAUCAGACUUCGAGUUUGUUCGAGGCCAUUUACCUGUUGAGUGGAAAAGUAUUGCACCAGGUUCAAAUGUUACACAUAUUGUUGUGCUAAAGCCAUUGAAAAUUGGGUUUUUCAACUUUACAGCUGGUCAACUGAAAUAUCAACCUGGUGAAGGAAGUGAUAUACAAGAUGCAUUUACUUCAUUUCCUGGAGAAGGUUUUAUAAUGUCUGAAAUUGAGUUUUCUAGAAAACAUUCUCCACACUUGCUUGAAUGGUCAAUUUUUGCAUUAAUGUGUAUGCCAUCUUUACUUAUACCGUUUAUGUUGUGGUACAGAAGUCACUCAAAAUAUACGCAAGAGAAAAGCAAAAAACAUUAAAUUUGUUAUAUUUUGUAUUAAGUUGUUUUUCUAUUAUAAUAAUAAUAAUAAAA